UUUUGGUGUCAGCUGAGUGUUCAGUCUGUGGGUAGGUGGGGUCACACAACAAGCCAAGAUGGCCGAUUUUGAGGAGCCGCUAUCAGAAGAGGAGAAGGUCCGCAUAGCAGCAAACUUCGUUACCCAUGCACCCCCUGGAGAGUUCAACGAAGUUUUCAACGAUGUGCGGCUUCUCCUUAACAAUGACAACCUGCUCAGGGAGGGAGCGGCUCAUGCUUUUGCCCAGUACAACAUGGAUCAGUUCACCCCUGCCAAACUUGAGGGCUAUGAUGAACAGGUUCUGAUUACAGAGCAUGGGGACCUGGGUCAGGGGAGGUUCCUGGACCCUCGGAAUCGGGUGUCGUUCCGCUUCGACCACCUGAGGAAGGAGGUGAGCGAUGUGCAGCCAUACGAUGGAGACGGCUCCCUGAGAGCUUGGAGAGAGGCUUGCGACACUGCACUCAGCGCAUACGUUAAAGAGCACUACCCCAGCGGAGUCUGCACGGUAUAUGGGAAAACAGUUGAUGGCCAGCAAACCAUCAUUGCCUGCAUUGAGGGACACCAGUUUCAACCCAAAAACUUCUGGAAUGGGCGCUGUAGGUCAGAGUGGAAGUUCACAAUUGGUCAGUCUACUGCUCAUGUAGUGGGUGUGUUGAAGAUACAGGUGCACUACUAUGAGGAUGGUAAUGUGCAGUUGGUCAGCCAUAAGGAAGUGGAGGAGUCUAUAACGGUGACUAAUGAGAGCCAGACUGCCAAGGAGUUUGUGGAUAUCAUUGAGAAUGCUGAAAAUGAUUACCAGACGGCGAUCAGUGAGAACUACCAGACUAUGUCUGACACCACCUUCAAGGCCCUGCGCCGCCAGCUGCCUGUCACCCGCACCAAGAUCGACUGGAACAAGAUCCUCAGCUACAAGAUUGGCAAGGAGAUGCAGAACGCAUAGAAGAGCAGAGACUCACACCGCUGGGCUGGCAACACGCUCGCACAAGGACUAACCAAAGCUUAUAUAUAUAUAUAUUGUAGUCUGGGGCAAAGCAAAGAGAAAAUACAACAAACCAAGCUGCAGAUUGACAGUCUGUUGGGCACAGUUCUGUAUUGUUUAAAGAAGCUUUUGGUUUUGGAGAAAAAGGAAGUGUCUUGAGGUACAGGAGGGGAGUUUGAGUCUGCUAAAGGGGUACUGAGUUUCAUCUUGUAGUGUUGACACUCUUGAACAGCUCCAAGACCCCAGGUUGAAUGAUUUUACAAUGCAUCCUUCCUUCUGUCCUUGAUGUAGGAAACACUCCUUAUUCUUAUCUAGUCACGUACAGAUCAGUGAUUACCUCAAGAAAGGAAGGAUGCAUGUUGAAAUCAUUUAAACAAGGCAAUUAAGCACACCAGGCAGGGGACGUUUUCUAAUAGAUGUUCAUAUCAGCACCAUUUCUCCCCUUAACAGGACUGGUCGUCGAUUAUAGUCAGUUUUGAGGGUACUGUUUACUUUUUUUCCUGCUGUACUCUUCCACUUCCUGUUGUAUGUGUCCUCUGCUUGAGCCAAUGAAGGAUACCAUGGCUGAAAGACUGUCAUAACCUCCUCUGUUUCUGAAUCAAUUCUCUUCUGUCUUACCUUGGCAACAACAACAAUUGCUGUGUCCUUUCUCUUUUGUUGAAGGAAAACCAUACCAAUAAAUGUCUUUCCGAGGCUAAAGAACCCCAUACAUGCAAAGCUCCCCUUUCUCCCAUGUAUACAUGCAGAUCUAUAUUUAGCUAUGCAGGUUUUUAUUUAAUCGUAAGCUCAGCCCAUCUGUAAUAUUCACACCUGUGUUUAAGUACCUUAAACUAUACACAGCCAUUUCACUACUUAGUUUAAACCAGGGGCUUUGUUCAGGAGGGUCCAAUGUUACAAAAUGUUAAAUUAGAAAUGCAUUGUGUAGGGUAGACGCACUUCUCUGUCAUCCCGAAUAAAGACUUGUGCUCUCUACUGUAAAUAUCUAUCUGCGAACCAUGCUUCCCACAGAACACACCCCUGUUCAGCCACAACAUGCACCUACUCAAUAUUACCAUAGGCUGACUCGAGAUCAGUUAUUCUGUGCUGUGUUAAACCUUCACACUGACUAGCGCUGUACUCUGAUGCGACCUUCAGGACUGUACUGCCCCAUUCUGUUGUACAAAUAAAAGAAUUGAUCAUCUUGG